AGCGCACAGCUGCAGUGUUUGUGUGGGAGAGUAAAUGAUACACAGCGGGCGACCGUUCCGAGUCAUUUUUACAAAGCUGGAAUUUCUGCAUUCUGUCAAUAUGGCAACUUCCAGAUAUUGGUGGAGGGCAUUCAAGGCGAUAGUGUUGAUGUUUCUUGUAGCUGUGCUGAUGGUCAGCGUGUUUCAGAGAAGAGACAUACAGUUCGAGAGGAAUUCACACAUGCAGAAGAAAGUGCUAAACUACUGGAAAGAAAACAAGGACAAAUUGGCUGAAACCACAGAAGAACCGGUGUAUGAACGAGACAUAGCCAGAACAUGGGACAUCACCAGCACAAACUGCAGCGCUAACACGAACAUUUCUUCUACAGAAAGUUUCAACACACUGGAGCAGAGCUUUCAACAGUUUCUCCUCUACAGACACUGCAGAUAUUUCCCCAUGAUCAUGAACCACCCAGAGAAAUGUUCUGAAGAUGUGCACCUUCUCAUAGUGGUAAAAUCCAUUAUUACGCAGCACGACAGACGUGAAGUGAUCCGGAAAACCUGGGGAAAGGAGCAGGUCAUAGGCGGCAAGAGGAUCAAGUUGCUCUUCCUGUUGGGAACUUCUACUAAUGAAGCGGAGAAAGCGAACCACCAGAAGCUUCUGGAAUACGAGGAUUAUAUCUACGGCGACAUCCUGCAGUGGGAUUUCAUGGAUACAUUCUUCAACCUCACAUUAAAAGAAACAAACUUCCUGAAGUGGUUCUCCAUCUACUGCGGGAACGUGCGCUACAUCUUCAAAGGGGACGAUGAUAUUUUUGUGAGCAUGACAAACAUUCUGGAGUAUCUUGAGAGCAGCAAGAACACGAAAGACUUGUUUGCUGGAGAUGUCCUGUUCAAAGCGAUACCUAUCCGAAAUAAAGAGAACAAGUAUUACAUCCCACUUGUGCUGUAUAACAAGACAAAUUACCCACCUUAUGCAGGAGGUGGGGGUUUUUUGAUGGACGGUCCCCUUGCGCGACGUCUCUAUUUGACAUCAGAAACACUGGAGCUGUUUCCAAUCGAUGAUGUGUUCCUUGGAAUGUGCUUAGAGGUGCUACAGGUGACGCCUAUAAAACACAAUGCAUUUAAAACCUUUGGUCUCUUGAAGAACAAAAAGAGCAAACUAAACAAAGAGCCAUGUUUCUACAAGAGCAUGAUCGUGGUUCAUAAACUUUUACCUCCAGAGCUUAUAGAAAUGUGGAGGUUGGUCCACAGUGACCUUGGGUGCGCCCUCAAGUCCGGGCUGUUGGGAGAUUUAGAAAAUAAGGAAAAGUUAUAGCAGUUCUAUGGAACAUCUUAAAGAUAUUAUGUAACCACACCCCGGUCUUAACAUCGUCUUGUUGUCCAAAUGAAAUGCAUAGAUACUCAUUUCUAAAUCGAAAUUUUUUACUUUCACAUAUCUUCUUCUCAGAAAUAGACGCCCCAUAAACCCUUUUAGUUUAGGUUCCAGUAUGAAUUAUAUGGAUACCAUGUGAAUUGCUUAUACAAGGAAGGACACUAUCUCAGACCAUCGUUGUCUUCUUACAACCAUUUACUUAACACCGAGUUUGUGGACAAAUAUUUUUGCUAUACAGUUACAUAGUGUAUGCACACUACUCAUUUGUUAAUUAAAUUAAAUCUAAAAGUUACAUAAAUGUCAGCUGCAAAUUCAGUGUGCUAUUUGAAUAAUAUUGCAAAGAAAUCUGCACAUGUUGAAAGCAGCACUGCAUGUCCUUAUUGGAGAAGCCACUAUGACUAUUUUUUAGUGCAGUAUUUUCUAAGCUACACUUGGGUGAUAUUGGGUGGCUUCUUUUUGUGGUAUUUUUAGGUAUCACACUGUGCCGAUCUGUAAAUGAAGUAAAAGUAGUGUUAGAUGUUCUAAUGCAGCAGUGUCCUAUAUCAUCCACAAAGGGCCGGUGUGGGUGCAGGUUUUCAUUCCAACCAAGCAGAAGCCACACCUGAGUCUACUAAAAGCCAAGAACAGCUGAUUAAACAGGUGGAAUCAGGUGUGGCUUCAGGUGUGACCCACACCAGCCCUUAAGAUUGGACACCGCUGUUCUAAUGAAACAGAAGGAAACAAAAACAUCUCUACCUCACUCAUGGUGCUGGCUGAAUGAAUUGUCUUUUUCUUUUUCUUUUUCCUAAUUCUUUUUUACAUUUCAUGCACUUGCCCUUGACCAGCUCACGUGAGGUUUAUUAGAUAAAUGAAAAACAAUUGACAUCACUGUUCUCUGCCUUUAGAAGCAACCAAGAGGAGAAGUGUAACUCUCACCUGAUGCAACCACCACCAUGCUUUAACUUACUUAUAACAAUACAAAGUGGGGGAAAUUUGAAUGGGGUGAAUAUUUCUACAAGGUACUGGAUAUUGGAGCAGUAAAAGAAUUCAUUGGUUGCUUUUUAGAUUUUAUUUGUCCUAUUCUGCUCAUGACCGUGUGAGUUAAGGGUACUUUACAGGCUGGCAUUUAAUCAUGUCCAGGCUGUCUCAAGUCUUUUGUCUGUGUUUUGAGAUGGUCACUGUUUAUCAGUGUAAAAUCUUUGUAUCUCAAAUCACAUCCCUGAGACAUAAACAUGCUUUGUGUGUAGUUCACAUUGUAGAAAGUGUUAAUACAUUUCAUAUGAUGUUCUUUUGUGUGAAUUUGUUUAGUGUGUGUUUGAAUGUCUGGAUCAUUUUGCAUUUGAUUUUAUUUAUUUGUACUUGUAACAGAAUGUAAUUAACAGUUAGGAUGGUUCUCAUGUCAUGAGAAUACAUGUGUGAUUUGACACACAGUAGAUAGAAUUAUUAUUGACACUUUCCAGUUACAGAUAGUAAUAGUGUCUUUACAUAAUUGUACAGUAGUACAAAAGUGGACAAAAAAAAAAGACAAAAGUGAGGUGUCACAGUUUUACAUGCUGUACAUCAUAAACUGUGAAAUGAAUAAAUACUCUGGCACGUAAAUUAAAGACGGAGCAGUUUGAAGGUUUAGGGUUUGUGAUAUUUAAAAUUUUUUCUAAAUUAUGCACCUUUGUUCCAAUUCUGACUUGAAAUCCAUGAAAUUGAUGAAAUCAGCAGGAAUGUGGAGACCAUGAUUGUAAAUAAAGUUUUCUAAAUAUAAA